AAAUGCUCAAACCGGAGAAACUGACAAAGUUCAUCUGCAGUCGUUUCCCUCUCUCCAAAACCAGACAACAAGAGCAAGCAGAGCGCUAUAUCACGAGGAAUUUGCUUAACUUUCUCAGAAAAUGCGUCACAGUGAACCAGUUGCGAGAAAUUCACGCCCAGAUGUCGUUAAACUCCGUCGAGAAACCCAACUUUCUGAUUCCCAAGGCCAUCGAUGUUGGGGACUCCUCUUACGCCUUCCUUCUCUUCUCCGCCAUGGAAGAACCCAACGAGUAUUGCUUCAACUUCAUGAUCCGAGGUCUCGCGACCAAGUGGCACAACCACGGCGAGGCUCUCUCUUUGUAUCGCCGGAUGAGGUUUUCCGGGUUAAAGCCAGAUAACUUCACGUACCCUUUUGUUUUCAUCGCCUGCGGGAAUCUCUCGCAGUUUGAUGUCGGAAGAUCGGUUCAUUCCUCGGUGUUCAAAGUUGGUUUGGAAAGUGAUGAUCACAUAUAUCAUUCUUUGAUCACAAUGUAUGCCAGGUGUCGACAACUGGGUUAUGCGCGAAAGGUGUUCGAUGAAAUUGCUGACAAGGAUCGAGUUUCGUGGAACUCGAUGAUUUCUGGGUAUUCCCAGACGGGUCAUGCGAAUGAUGCAGUGGAUUUGUUUAGGAAAAUGAAGGAGGAAGGAUUUGAGCCUGAUGAGAAGACGUUGGUUAGCGUUCUUGGUGCCUGUGCUGAUGUGGGAGAUUUAAGACUUGGGAGACUGGUAGAGGAUAUUGCUGCGGAGAAGAAUAUGGAGAUUAGCACCUAUCUCGGAUCUGCGUUGAUCAGUAUGUAUGGAUCGUGCGGGGAAUUGGGUUCCGCGAGGAGGGUCUUCGGUGAAAUGAGGAAGAAGGAUCGUGUCACUUGGAAUGCUAUGAUCACCACAUAUGGACAAAAUGGAAUGUCAGAAGAAGCAAUAAGUCUGUUCCGUGAUAUGAAAGAGACCGGAGGAGUCUUCCCGGACGCAAUCACAUUAGCUUCUGUACUAAGUGCAUGUUCUUCAAUCGGAUCCCUUGAGUUAGGGAAACAGAUCGAGACAUAUGCAUCGGAAAGAGGCUUCGAACACAAUAUCUAUGUCGCAACUGGACUUAUCGACAUGUACGCCAAGUGUGGUAGCUUGGACGAUGCCCUGAGAGUAUUUGAAGCAACCCCGGCCAAAAACCAAGCAUCAUGGAACGCCAUGAUCUCUGCUCUCGCCUUUCAUGGCCGAGCCCAUGAAGCCAUUUUGCUUUUUGAACAUAUGACAGUUCCCCCGGACAACGUUACCUUCAUCCAAGUGCUUUCUGCCUGCGUUCACGCAGGUCUGGUCGAUCAGGGCCGUCGGCUAUUCCAUCAGAUGAGCUCUUCAUUUGGGUUAGUCCCGAAAAUCGAGCAUUACUCAAGCAUGGUCGAUCUUCUCUCCCGUGCGGGGCUAUUGGAAGAAGCAUGGGAGUUCAUAGAGAGAAUGCCGGAGAAACCAGAUGGGACCAUGUUAGGGGCAAUGCUUGGAGCAUGCCAAAAGAGGAAUAACAUUGAGAUCGGGGAGAAGGCAAUGAGGAUGUUGCUGGAGAUUGAGCCCUCGAAUUCGGGAAAUUACGUAAUCUCGUCGAAGGUUUACGCUGCGAAGAUGUGGGAUGAGUACGCAAAGAUGAGGGCUUUGAUGAGAGAAAAGGGUGUCCCGAAAACCCCUGGCUGCAGCUGGAUCGAAAUCAGAAGUGGGGAGAUAAAGGAGUUUCAUGCUGGCGACGAUUUGCAAGAUGAAGAUGUCGACUUGUUGUUCUGUGUACUGAUUGAGGAGAUGAAGAGGGAAGGAUAUGUUCCUCUUGCAACUUAUUAGUCAGUGCCUUUGUCGUAUCAGCUUUUGUUGUAUAAUCUCCUCUUAAAUACUAUUCUUUCUGAAACAACAAGCCAAAUCCAUCUCUCAGGGCUUUUUAGUCACUCUUUACUAAUAAUUCUUUCAGUUCA